AUGGGGACAGUGAAACGUGAGCACGAGCUGCAACAGCAGCAGCAACAGCAGCAGCAGCAGCAGCAGCAGCAGCAGCAGAAGCAGCAGCCACAGAUGGCCUCGAAGAAGCCGGAGCAGGAGCAGUCGGUUGCUGCAGCAUUUGCUGCUGCAGUAGAAGAAGCGCUGCAGCAGGAGGCGCCUCUAGCAGCAAAGUGGUCGAGGGUCCCCCUGGGCCUUGAUGAUGAGGGCCGACUGGGUUUGUUGGUGCUGCAAGACGGCCGCGAAUUUGCGGGGAUGGUAGCUUACCCUGAGUCUCUGACGGACCCUUCUUACUCCGGGCAGAUUCUAACGCUCACGUAUCCACUGGUUGGAAAUUACGGGGUCCCUUCCCUUGAAACAGAUGCGCUGGGGUUGCCGCUGCACCUUGAAGGCACUCGCGUGCAUGUGAGUGGUUUGCUGGCAGCAGAUUAUAUUCCCGCUGCACUUAGUCAUUGGAGAGCGAAGAACAGCCUCAGCAAUUGGCUGCAGGAGCAGCAGGUCCCCGCGUUGUGGGGUAUAGACACCCGAAGCCUCACCAAACACCUCCGAGAGGUAGGAACUAUGCUGGGGAAGGUGGUGGUGCUAUCAGAGGAGGAGGAGCAGCAGCUGGAGCAGCAGCAGCAGUCAGCAGCAGCAGCAGCAGCAGUUGCAGCGCUGCAGUCUCGCCUGGAGUCUCACCCUUCGGUGCGGCGCAUCUUAUCACGCUGCAGCUGCCAGGAUCAGCUGCUGCUGCUGCUGCAGCAGCGAGCGCAGCGAGCAGCAAAGCUGCAGGCCUGGGCUGCUGCACUGCAAGCAGCUGCGGGUCGUCUCCCUCUUGACGAUCCCAACUCCCGCAACCUUGUUGCUGAAGUCUCUCGAAAGGAGCCUCAGGUGUUUGUCUCUCCAGUCAACCCUUCUUGCCACCAGGUGAAAGUGUUGGCUAUCGACUGCGGCAUGAAGACAAACAUUUACCGACAAUUCCUCUAUUCGAACUUCCCAGAUUGCAACGUAGUCCUCAAGGCAGUACCUUGGGAUUACGAUAUAAGCAACGAUUCGUUUGAUGGUCUCUUCAUCAGCAACGGGCCAGGAGACCCCACAAAAUGUGAAGCAACUAUCAAAACCAUCGCCAAGGCACUGAAGCAAGAGCAGCCAAUAUUUGGCAUUUGCCUGGGCAAUCAGUUGCUAGCCCUUGCUGCAGGGGCAAAGACAUACAAAAUGAAGUUCGGGAAUAGAGGUGAAGCAUCUGCUGCUGCUGCUGUUGCUGCUGCUGCUGCUGUUGCUGCAGCUGCCGUUGCAGCUGUCGCUGCUGCUGCUGUUGCAGCUGUCGCUACUGCUGCUGUUGCUGCUGCUGCUGUCGCUGCAGCUGCUGAAUCUGCUGAUGCAUGUGCUGUUGCAUCUGGUG